AUGAUUGCAUCGCUUGCGCUCGUGCUCUCCGCCUACCUCUCGCCACCCGAGUGCGUCGGCCGCCGCGCACUCGUCUUUGGUGCUGGUGCUGCGUCCCUCGUUGUGCCCACGCGUCCACUCGCGGCGCUCGCAGCCGACUACGCGGAGCUGCAGACCCGGCUGGACACGCCUCUAGUUGCGCAGGCCAGCAUGGCGCCGGCGCUCGGGAAGGUCGAGCCAAAGGUGCCCGGCUGGCUGAGCGGCCGCUGGCAGUGCGAGCAGACGCUGCGUCGCUACUCGACGCCGCAGGGCGUGCAGUACAUCGGCGCCGCCGGCCGGCCCGUCUCGGAGGCGGAGGCGUCCGCCGCGCAGACGCGAUCGCAGAUUGGCAGGCCCGUCACGCUCGAGCUGCGCUGGCGGCCAGCCCCUGGCGGCGGUGCGGUCGAGGACCGCCCGUUCAACGCGCGCAGCCGGCUGGAUGCCUUUGCCGGCCGGGCGGUGGUGCGGUCGGCGCUGACUUGCGACGAGGCCGGCGUCGACGCGCCCGGCCUCUCCUGCACCUACGUCGAGUUUUCCGGCCCGAUCGUCCAAAAGCAGUUUGUCAACUCGGUGCGCGUCGCCGCCGCGCCCGACGCGGCGGACGGCGCCUUUGUAUCCUCCGACAUCAUGCGGACCAUCCUCGCGCGGCGCAAGGUAGCGGGCGACACGCGCAACUUUCCUCCUCUGACCGUCGACUCCGAGGUGCUCCUCAGCCUCUCCUCCACGUCGCCCGACACGGCGAGCGGCCGGUUGAGGCUCGUCGAGUACCUCAACGCGAACGACCCGCUCUACUUCGCGGCGGGGGGCAAAUCGGUCUCCAUCUCGGACUAUUCGCUCGCACUCACGCGCCUGCCGCCCGAGCAGUAA